CCUAAAUAUGUAUAUGUACGAGUCUUCCUUGAACCUUUUCCUGAAAAUUUGAUAGAGAUCCACUUUCAGUUAUGGUUUUCAUAAUUAUACUACUUUUAAUGCCUACUACCAUUUCUGGUGCAGAUCUUCUUUUCAAAGAUUGUCCAUCCAGAACCUACACUGCCAAUAGUCCAUUUGAAAAUAAACUCAAGCUGCUCCUUCAGUCAUUGUCUUCCAAUACUUCAAUCUCUGGUGGUUUCUACAAUGACACGAUUGGCAAUAGCAGUGACCGGGUCUAUGGACAAGCACUUUGUAGAGGGGAUGUAAACUCCACAGUUUAUCAGAGCUGUGUUCAUGAUGCAAGCCAGGAUAUCUUCAAGAGUUGUAAAGCUCAAGAAGCAAUAUGGUAUGAAUUAUGUCAAGUUCGCUAUUCCUCUACCCAGUUCUUUACAAUGAUGUUAUAUGAUGGGAAGAUUCCUGAGAAGAAUAAGCAGGAGAAGAAUGUAUCAAAUCCAAAUCAGUUUGGUGACGUUUUGAAGAACUUAAUGAAAAAGCUCUUGGAACAGACUGCCUAUACUUCUAAGCAUAUGUUUGCAACCGGUGAUAUGAAAUUUUCAGGAAGGCAAUCUAUUUAUGGCCUACAACAGUGCACUAGAGACAUUCCUCCGAGUGACUGCUAUAAAUGUUUGGAUAUCGCUCUUACUGAGCUUCAGAAAUGCUGCUCUGCUCUCGAAGGUGGAACCAUUGUCAGUAGGAAUUGUAAUGUGAGGUUUGAGCUCGACCAAUUUUUCAACGACAUUUAUUCCAAAGAUUAAUUGACAGGGGACAAGAGGAAGACCUGGAAGGUGGUCGUUACAUGUGUAUCCACUAUACUAUCAGCAGUUUUCAUUGUACUUUGUGCUGUCUAUCUUCGGUGGGGGAAGGAGAUUGGAAAAUGUCCA